AUGGUGUUGGGAGCCUUGAGCCGGAAGCCUGAAAUAAGCGCACUUGAGUUCUGUGGGAAGGCUGGAGAGAAGAAUUUCAACUUUUUGGGUUGCGGCCGGUUAGCAGAGGCCAGGAAGGAGGUGACCCGGUACUUCAAGAUCCGCAACGGAGAGGAUCCAGAGAGCUCCAGCGAUGAGGAGCUGACGUGGGUCCUACUUCUGGGCGUGGUGGCCGUGGUUUCGGAAAUUCCCUGCGUCUUCAGCACGUUUCGUUUCGAUAAUGUUCUGGAGUUCUGGGGCCCUUCGACCACAACCCGAUAUGCGGCGUUCCAACCCAGGAAAGCCCAGAGCCUCGAAGAGGUGGAGGAGAUCAAGGCCGCGCUCAAGACGGGCGCGGAGUGGCGCAAGGAGAUCCUGGAGCUCAAUGGUUCGAGUUGGUACUUCUGCUACUUCGAGGCAGGCGAUCCUUCUUCUGACUCUAAGUACGACUUUGCUGCUCUGUCUUGGCAGAUCCCCCACCGCCUCCGGCUCCCCUCCUCUGUGACGCUGCGCGGUGCGCAGCGCGCGCUGCGGCAGAAGGGCGCCCGCUUUGGCGAGGAGCUGCCGCCAGUGAGGUCAGAGAUGAUGCCCCAGGGCCUGCAGAGCAGCGCCCUAGGGCUGGACAGGCCCUUCGACGGCUCUCUGCCUACUGGCCGGCACAGCAGCCUCCCGGAGCUGUGUUGGAUAGAGGAACUGGUGCCGAUCUUCACGGAGAAGGAGGAGCAAGUCAUUGCGGACACGAUUGCGAAAUCCUACUUCAACUUCCGGAAGCUCGCGCCGGAAGAGAUGGAGGGGAUGCUCCAAUCCCUGCAAAGCUCGCUGCCGGAAGGGAGGGUGCCGUCCGCGGGGGUGGCGGCUUCUAUGCGGCGCGUCCUCAGCAUGAACGCCACUCUCUUCCAUAGCUUCCGGCUCAAGAAGGAGAUGAAGAAGCCGUCGAGCAGAAAUCGCAUCCUGAAGAUGCGACAGGCGGAGGUGCCAUGCGUGCCCGUUCUGUCCAGGGAGAUGAACAUGCCCCCGAGCAGCGUUCUGAAGCACAUCCUCACAGAAGAGGAUCUGCAGGGACGGACGCUGUCUGAGCUGUUCGGGCUGCUGGCCAGCGCGCUAGAAGAAAGAUCCUUCACGGACUCCUGGGAGCAAGAAGCGCAGGAAGUCCUACAAGAGGCCCUUGCAAAACCGCUGGAUCCCUGGGCGCUUCGCGAAGUUCUCUGGACCGUGGAGAAUGAUGCAGAGGCCGGGCAGGCACAAGCAAGACUCACAGCAACUGCGUUCGAGCACGACGUGGGGGAGAUCUGCAGAGAUGCUGGUAUCUCGUUUCAGACAGAGGAGGAGCUCAUGUUGUCGGAGGCUGUCAAAGGCACACCGGACCUGCUCUUUGAUGCACCAGUGCAGCUGCAGAUUCCGCAUGAUCGGAUGAUCAGGUGGAUGGAAUGCAAGAGCUUCUACGGAACUUCCUUCAACAGAAUACUUGGACCCAAGCUCCUCAAGCAAGCAAAGCGCUACGUUGAUGAGCUGGGCCCUGGCGCGCUGGUCUUCAUGCACGGGGCAUCGCUCUCCUUGGUGAAGAGCCUGGAGAAACUGGGGGUCGUGGUCUUGGACGGCUCCGGCCUGGGGACUUCUGAGUUCAUCUCGCGGCCGCCGUCAAUCGCCGGGCCCGAGGCGGAGUUCUGGCCCAUUCGUCUUCCCGCUGGGGCCGGCAGAAAGCGGAGGAAGCCGCGCAAGCCGCGGCAAGAGAAAAAGAACGGGAGAGCUUGCCUCAGCUCCAUGGCCAUCUGCAGAGAGAGGCCUGCUUCGGGCUCUGUGGACUGUGCUAAUUACGGGCUUGCUCCACAGAAGUUUGUCUGCCACUGGCAUGCUUCCCUGUGCAACUUCUCCAGCGCGCAGAUACCCGGUGCGGCAGGAGCUUGGUAUGUCAGCUCCUGGGGGCGCAUCAAAGUAGCUAGUGGCUCGGUCACCUACGGAAGCUUGACACGUUCUGGGUACAGAGCCGUGUGCAUAGCCCGAGCUCGGUACCAAGUGCAUCGGCUGGUUGCCACUACAUUCCUGGGCCUGCCGCCGACGGCAGACCACUGGCAGGUGAACCAUGUCGAUGGUGAUCGUUCCAACAACCAUGUCCACAACUUGGAGUGGGCGACAGCAUCCCAAAACGCAGCGCAUUCUUGGAGCAGCAAUCUGCAGCGAAGAACCGGAGGAACUUUGCGCAGAAAAUCUGUUCUUUGGCGACUUUGCGGGGACGAAGCAUGGUCAUGGUGCUCCUCUCAGAGGGAAGCUGCCCUCACAUGUGGGGUAAGCCGGCAAUCAGUCUCGAAUUGCUGCCGCGGGCUGCAAAAAUCAGCAGCCGGAGACAGUGCAAGGUACGAGUUUGAGUCGGCAGCCAGUCCAACAGAGCACGACAUACUGCACGGAGAGUCGUGGAAGCUUGGCCGACAUCCAGGCGAAACUCCUCCAAUACCAGGCUUGAUGGUGAGCAAUCACGGGCGGGUUCGGUUUUUGACUCGACACCACAGCCACACAACAUGCGGGAGUCGCCAGCCUGAUGGGUACUUUAGAAUUAAGGCAGGGGGCCGGCACUACAAGGUGCAUCGGCUCGUUGCAGGCACUUUUCUUGGCGAGCCGGCAUCGAUGACGAUGCAAGUCAACCACAAGGACGGCAACCCUGGAAACAACACUCUCGCAAAUCUGGAAUACGUCACACCCUCUGAAAACGUGUCGCACUCAUACGCAAACGGGCGCGCAGGAAAGUCUGGAACCUCCAAGGCAGUGGAGGCCCGCAGAAAGGAAGCUAACGUCGGCUGGGCACAUUUUCCUUCCAUCAGAGCUGCUGCCGUGCAUACUGGGAUCAAGGAGAGCGCCAUCUCUGCAAUUUGCAAGAUGCAAGCACCCAGCAGUACCCCUUACCAUUGGGAGUUCAGGUUUCCCGUGCAAGAGGCCCUGCCUGGGGAGGAGUGGCGCCCGGUGGUUUUGGAAGGAGCCCGGGUGCAAGGCCAGCGGCCAGGAACCAGCUAG